CAGUGUGCGCAAAGGUAUUUUCUCUGACUGCGGCUUCAGAGACUUUUCCUCCUUGGGCCCAGCUGUCCAUAAGGAGGAACUGCCACAGAGGGAAGCUGAUGGAUCUCGCCGCAGUCAUUCUUCCGCUGUUGUUUGGCAGCUUGGGGGUCUACAGCCUGUUUUGGCUGCUGCAGCGAAUGCGAGCAAGAGCCUACCUCAAAGACGUGGUAGUGGUGAUUACUGGAGCGACUUCGGGUCUCGGGAAAGAAUGUGCCAAAGCUUUCCAUGCUGCUGGAUCGAAACUGGUGCUGUGCGGCAGGAAUGGGGAGAGGUUGCAGGACCUACUACGGGAGCUCUCUGCUACUGCUGGCCAUUCCAAGAACCCCCAUAAACAUCACACUGUGACCUUUGACCUCUCAGACACCAAAGCCAUUGUCAGCGCUGCCCAGGAGAUCUUGAAGCACACGGGCCAUGUGGACAUCUUGAUCAACAAUGCUGGCAUCAGUUAUCGAGGCACCAUCGCAGACACGGUGGUGGAGGUGGACCGGAAAGUAAUGGAAACCAAUUACUUUGGCCCUGUCACUUUGACAAAAGCCCUCCUGCCUUCUAUGAUCAAGAGGAGACAAGGCCACAUUGUGGCAAUUAGCAGCGUUCAGGGCAAAAUUGCCAUUCCUUUCCGCUCUGCCUACGCCGCCUCCAAGCACGCCACUCAAGCCUUCUUCGACUGCCUGCGAGCAGAAGUGGAGCAGUAUGGGCUCGACGUGACAGUCGUGAGCCCCGGCUACAUUCAGACAAACUUGUCCCUCAAUGCCAUAACCGGAGACGGAUCCCAGUAUGGAAUGAUGGACAAGACCACCAGCCAAGGGCAGGGAGCUGCAGAGGUGGCUCAAGAGGUCCUCAGCGCUGUGGGGAAGAGGAAAAAGGAGGUGCUGGUUGCCGGCCUUACACCUUCCCUGGCUGUGUACCUGCGAACACUCUUCCCUAAGCUCUUCUUUACCUUCAUGGCAGCCAGAGCCCGGAAGGAGAGAAAAAACAAGGAUUUGUAGCUUAGCAGGGCUCCUUGUCUGGCCCCAUCCAAGCACUGACUGCAAAUAGAAGCCACCAGCUGUUGAAACUAAGGGUGGCAGGAGUCUGGACUUCAGCAGGUCUCCUUAAAAUUACAUCUUUUUUUGCCAUGUGAAGUUGGACCCAGCCUAGUGCCAAGUGUUGGCAACACAGCUGCUCUUUUCAGAGGCCAUCCUCUAAAGAAAGUUUGCUGGGAUCGGCUGCAGGAGAAGGACUUUACCGUAGAGUGCACAGAGCUGAAGGUGGCAGGGUUCUCUUGCAUGUUGAAACAAACGAAAGCUGCAUGCUUUGGGUCUCUCGUUCAUUUCAACAGGCCUUGACUAGGAGAGACUUGCAGGGAAUUAUGUUCAUGUUUAACUUUGCUUUUCCUGUGCUCGUCAUUCGUGCUCGAGCACUUCUUAGGGAGACCAGAGUGCAAGAGUUCCGUGUUUGUUGCACAGUGUAUCUCUGUGCUGCAGGGAGAGCAAUUGAACUAACUGCUUAUGGUGCUUGCUCUACACCUGUUGGCCAAUAAUCAGCAAUCCUGGGUCAGCAGAGCCCUGCUUGCAAACAUUGAGCUCCUUGUCUAGCCCCAUCCAAGCACUGACUGCAAACAGAAGCCACCAGCUGUUGAAACUAAGGGUGGCAGAAGUCUGGACUUCAGCAGUUCUCCUUAAAAUUACAUCCCUUUUUUUGCCAUGUGAAGUUGGACCCAGUCUAGUGCCAAGUGUUGGCAACACAGCUGCUCUUGUCCUUGGCAGAAGAGAAGCAUGGGGGGUGGGAAACAGGGUUAUAUAUGACCCCAGUGUUAAAUAUUACUCAAGAAUUCAGAGGGAAAACAUAGCUAGACCCAACUUAUUAAAUGGGUUAAAAGAGCCAAAUUAAGAUAGGAACAGUGUGUAUUUUUCACAAACAUUGUGACAUGGUCUGAAUUUAGUAUCCAUGAAUCACAACAUCCUGGGACUGACUUGUCUCUUGUUCAAAGCAUCUAGGGAGCCUAUCCUAGCAACUCAGGUGCCCCCGCAUUAGUUCUGUCCGCCUUUGGUACUCUGCAUCAGAUGUGUAAUAAAACUGAUUAUUUGAAGAACUUGUAGCUGCCCUCCUUCAGCCAUUUACCAAGCCUAGCAUCUAAAAACAAGCUCAGGCAGAGCUUAACGUGAUGUGGCUUUUUUAAUAUCCGAUGACAGCCCAGAACAUUUAAAUCGCCUGCUCUGUACAGGGCCGAAGCACCUAGAGAAUCUGAAGCAGCUGGCUUGUGCUAGGUCAAUGGCAUGUAUACAACCCCUUCUGGUACUCUUUUACCCGGAAUCUGUAAUACCUUUGUAUUCAGUCUGCUACAUUUAAAAAAAACCUUUUCAAGUC